CAGGCUUUGACUGUUCACAACAAAGCGCCCCAAAAGGAGCGUCGCUUUUACUCUCUCCCAUCCCAUCUUAUAUAUAAACAACUCUCUCGUCUUCCUCUUAUUCCUUCAAUUAUCUCAUCAUCCUCUAUCUCCUUCACACCCACUCUCUCUCUCUCUCUCUCUCUCCCCACGAUAUGGCCAAGAUAGGCUUGAAACCCGACCCGGUGACUACUAACCCGACCCAUAACAAUAAUCAUAAUAAUAAUGCCAAGGAGAUUCGUUACAGAGGCGUUAGGAAGCGUCCUUGGGGCCGUUACGCCGCCGAGAUCCGAGAUCCGGGCAAGAAAACUCGAGUCUGGCUCGGUACUUUCGAUACUGCCGAGGAGGCGGCGCGUGCUUACGAUUCCGCGGCGCGUGAUUUUCGUGGAGCUAAGGCUAAGACCAAUUUCCCCACUUUCCUCGAGCUCAGUGAUCAGAAGGUCCCUGCCGGUUUCGCGCGUAGUCCUAGCCAGAGCAGCACCCUCGACUGCGCUUCUCCUCCCACGGCGGUCGUUCCGUCUGCAACUUCUGGGAUUGUUCCCCCGCAGCUCGAACUUAGCCUCGGCGGCGGAGGAAGCGGCGCGUGUUAUCAGAUCCCGAUGGCUCGGCCUGUUUACUUUUUGGACCUGAUGGGAACCGGCAACGAAGGACGUGGACAGCAGGCUCCUCCUGUGACGUUUAGGUCGUCGUCGGUGGUGCAUGGUGCGACGAAGAUGGUGGCCUGUGGGGCACAGAGCGACUCAGACUCGUCAUCGGUGGUUGAUUUCGAAGGAGGUAUGGAGAAGAGAUCUCAGCCGUUAGAUCUAGAUCUAAACCUGCCUCCGUCAGAACAACAAGCCUGAGCUUUGAGCGGUGUCGUUUCUUUUCGAAGCGCCAUCCGUUUUCUUUUUUGAGCUGAGAGAAUCUGUUUUCUCCUUAGUUUUCUUUCUUUCUACCUCUCUCUGUCUCUCUCUCUCAUCUCUCAGACGAAAUUAUUAAUCAGUUUUUUUAGAAAGAAGAAGAAAAAAAAUCAAAUCUGAGAGAGAGAUGAGAAAAAUAUAAUUUUAGCUGACAUGGAUCGUUAUGUACAUAUUAUUACAUAACCGGAGAUCUGAACUUUUGUUGUGUGUUUUCUAAAUCUUUUUUUUGCGACUUGGCUUCACAAUCCAAUGUUGUUUCUAUGUUUUUUUUUUUUUUUUUUUGUUGCUGUUGUUCCAAAUUUUAAAUCAAAAUAAUUUGGUUAUCCU